CCCUCACACCAAAAUUUCACAAUAAGGUUAUUUUAAUUGGCGAAAUAUAUAAUAGGCUUGUUUCUGUAAAUCAGUCUUGUAGAGGAAAUCAAGAAGAUAUGGAAACAAUCCAAAUACUUCACAUGAACAAAGGUGCUGGAGACACCAGUUAUGCUCAAAACUCCACUGUUCAGAGCAAAAUAAUAUCCAUAGCAAAGCCAGUGAUUGAGGAAGCCAUAAUAGGGAGUUUGAGCAUAAACAUACCAGAAAGCAUGGGCAUAGCAGACUUGGGUUGCUCAUCAGGGCCCAACACUUUGUCAGUGAUUUCUCAGAUAAUAGACGUGGUUCAUGCCAAAUGCUGCUCCUUAGGCUGCUCAUCACCAGAAUUUAGUUUGUUCUUAAACGAUCUCUUUAACAACGAUUUCAACUAUAUUUUCGCCUCGUUGCCCAGGUUCUACCAAAACAUCAAGAAAGAGAAAGGUCCCGAAUUCGGACCCUUCUUUGUUUCCGGUGUUCCUGGUUCGUUUUAUGGUCGAUUGUUUCCCAGAAAGAGUCUGCAUUUUGUCCACUCUUCUUCCAGUCUCCACUGGCUUUCUCAGGUUCCUCCCAGUCUGGAGAGCAAUGCUAGGACGGCCUUAAACAAAGGAAAGCUCUACAUUUCUAAAAGCAGUCCACAAUGUGUACUGGACGCAUACUCACUUCAAUUCCACAAUAAUUUUUCUGUGUUUCUCAAUUCUCGUUCAGAAGAAAUAGUAUCAGGAGGUCGCAUGGUUUUGUCUUUGAUGGGGAGGAGCACAUCUGAUCCCACCACUGAAGAUAGUUGCUAUCAAUGGGAGCUCUUAGCCCAAGCAUUGAUGAGCAUGGUUUCAGAGGGUUUAAUUGAAGAGGAAAAAGUUGAUUCUUUCAACGCUCCCUAUUAUGCUCCAUGCGCUGAAGAAUUGAAGAGGGAAAUACAAAACGACGGGUCGUUCGUAUUGGAUCACCUCGAAGCGUUUGAAAUCGAUUGGGAUGGCGACGGUGGACAUGUAUAUGACACGUUUGAAACACAAUGUCGUGGACGGCGAGUCGCCAAGACUAUAAGAGCCGUGGUUGAAUCCAUGCUAGAAUCUCAUUUCGGUAAUGAUAUGAAUAUGGAUGAAUUAUUUCGAAGGUUUGAACAGAUGGUCGGCGAUUAUUUAUCGAAGAACAAAACCAAGUACAUGAAUUUCGUAGUUUCACUUACAAGGAAUUAAAAGCCCUACUCUGAAAGCUCUAUUUUUAUUUGGUUGGAGAUAUUUUGGGGAAAAAAAAAAUUCCUAUCGUAUUAUUAUUGUAAUUUCGUAAUUCAUUUAUUUUCCUGUACUGCUGAAAAAAAACAUACGUGUUAUUUUAUUUUAUUUUACCAAUAACUUGUAUGACCUAUUUCUUAAUCUAUUCACAUUAUGGUGACCAUUGAAAGUA